AUGCGACCAAACGAAAUAUUAUCAGAGGUAGCUGAAAUUGUAUCUUUCAUUGAUCUAGUUGUAGUGGCCUUUGAGGUAUUCUUCCACCAUACAUUUCAUUCUCUCAGUUUUAACCUUUUCUUUUCCACUUUUCUUUUUUUCUUUCAUUCUUUCUUACCUCUCUAUUUAUCCUUCUAUCUUUUGAUCAUUCUUUCAUUGUUUCCACAUUCUUUCAUUAUUUCUAUUUGCUUUCUUAAUUUUUUCCACUCCUCUUUCUUUCUUUCUUUCUUUAUUGGUUCUACCUUGGACUAUCACCGUGGUACAAGGAACCGGACCAUAACAUUUUCUUUCUAUCUUUCUUUUCCACUAUCUUUCUUUAUUUUCAAUUUUCUAUUCCACUUUCUCGUUUUACUUAUCUUCCAAUAUCUUCCUUUAUUUCUUAAUUUCUUUUCCAUUUUUUGUUCCUUUUUUUGUUACUUUCCGUUUUCUUUCGUUGUUUCUUUUCAUCUUUCUUUCUUUCUUUCUUUCUUUCUUUCUUUUAAACUUUCUUUCUUUUCCACUUUUCUUUCAUUGUCUACUCAUUUUCCACUUUCUGUUUUUCUUUCUUUUUCCUUUCUUUAUUUCUUAUUUCCUACUUUCCUCCCUUCUUUCUUUCUUUCUUUCUUUCUUCUUUCCUUUCCACUUUCUUUUUCUUUCAUUCUUUUUUUCUAUUACCUUUCUUUCUUUCUUUCUUUCUUUCUUUCUUUCUUUCUUUCUUUCUUUCUGUCUGUCUUUGUUAAUUUCUCUUCAACUUUUCUUUCCUUCUUUCUUUGUUUUCCACUUUCCUUUUUCUUCCACUUUUGUUUCUGUUCCUUUUUGUCUUUCCCAUUUUCCUCGAGGCAUUUCCUUGUUUCUUUCUUAAAUUUUUAUCUCAGUAUAUAUUCUCGUCUGUUUAUUUCUUUCUGUUUGAUACAUACUGUAUUUCUUUCUUUCUUUCUUUCUUUUUUUCUUUCUUUCUUUCUUACUUUUUUUUCUUUCUUUCUUUCUUUCUUUCUUUCUUUCUUUCUUUCUUUUGCCUUCCUUUCUCUCUUUUCGAAUUUCUUUCUUAAAUUCUCUUCCAUUUAUCUUUACUUUUUUUUAUUUUCUACUUUCCUUUCUCUUCUACUUUUGUUACUUUUUUUUUCUUUUCCUUUUCAUUUUCCUCCAGGUAUGUCUUUGUUUCUUUCUGAAACGUUUAACUUUUAUUCGUUUCUUUCACUUUGA